UCGGGAGCUUGGCAACAUCUCUCUUAGUUGUGCCAGGUGUGUUCAAACCUGUGGCAAACAAACGUUCGCAGAUGUCUCUCAGCUCAGUCACCAUGGGCUGGAUCUCAAUUGCAUAAACCACCUACCGGUGAUCGCUGCUGCCCGUCUAUUUUCAGCCUGCCCACAGGUAUGAAGGAUUUCUCGUUGACGCACUACAUUUCAGAGACAGACACUCAACAAUUCACCACCGAGUGAGUAAAAUCGCCUCUGUUUACAUUUUGUUUUGACUACUUCGGCGUCGGGAGGCUCCUCCAUAGACGAAGAAAGGCGCGGAUAUGUCUCUAGAGUAGCGAUGGAGAGCGCUGAGGCUGUACUGUUGCUUUUUUAAUCAUCUUCACGCUGUCAACUCUCCUGUUUUACGCACAAGGAGCGCUUGGAAUUAUUGCAACCCAGGCAACUGUGCUCACACCGGAUCAUAAACCCGUGGGAUGACGGAGCUCAGCGGCAGAUUCUCGGGUUGAAAAUCAGGCUCUUAAAUGUCAGGAAGAUGAAAUCCUCAGCAGGUCGGGAGAAUAACUCCGGAGGGUUUAUUAGGCCGCGUCACUUCGCGUUCAUUUAACAACAGCAAACCCGAGGCGACUGUAACCGGUUCGAUCGUUAGUAGUUCGACGAAGAAAAAAAAAAGAAAAGGCGGAGUAACCAUGUCCAGAACACUGAAGAAGAAGAAACACUGGUCCAGUAAAGUGGUGGAGUGCGCGGUUUCAUGGGGAAACCUGGGGGACUUUGGCACUGUGGUGGAGGUCUUGGGAGGAGCAGAGCUGGGAGAGUUCCCCUACCUGGGCCAGAUGAAGCUGGAUGUGCUGGUGUGUCACGUCGGGAAGUUGCCCUACUACGGGGACGUUUUGCUGGAGGUGAACGGGACGCCUGUCAGUGGACUUACAAAUCGUGACACCCUGGCUGUCAUACGCCACUUUCGGGAGCCGAUUCGCUUGAAGACGGUCAAACCAGGCAAAGUAUUGAACACGGACCUGCGCCACUACCUCAGUCUGCAGUUUCAGAAGGGCUCACUGGACCACAAGCUCCAACAGAUCAUACGGGACAACCUCUACCUACGCACUAUUCCCUGCACCACACGGCUUCCUCGAGACGGGGAGGUGCCAGGAGUGGACUACAACUUUAUCAGUGUUGGAGACUUCAGGAUCCUGGAGGAGAGUGGACUUCUACUAGAGAGUGGGACUUAUGAUGGUAACUACUAUGGGACCCCGAAGCCUCCGGCAGAGCCCAACCUGGUGCAGCCUGACCUGGUAGAUCAGGUGCUGUUUGAUGAAGACUACGGUGGCGAGGUCCCCAGGAAACGCACCACUUCAGUCAGUAAGAUGGACAGGAAGGACAGCAUGGUCCCAGAGGAGGAAGAUGAUGAUGAGAGGCCACCACUUGUCAAUGGAUUGCCCGAGCAUAAAGAGGGGGCAGACUGGAGGAAAGCAGUGCCCAGCUACAACCAGUCCAGCAGCACCAUGGACUUCCGUACAUGGAGCUCUCUUCCUCGUGAUGACAGCCUGGAGCCUCUGCCACUUAACUGGGAGAUGGCUUACACUGAGACCGGCAUGGUCUACUUCAUAGAUCACAAUACCAAGACAACCACAUGGUUGGACCCUCGCUUGGCAAAGAAGGCGAAGCCCCCUGAGAAGUGUGAGGAUGGAGAGUUACCUUACGGCUGGGAGGAAAUUGACGAUCCACAGUACGGCACAUACUAUGUUGACCACAUCAACCAGAAAACCCAGUUUGAGAACCCGGUCCUGGAGGCAAAGAAGAAGCUGAGCCAGGAGACGGCUGCGAUCCAACAAGCCGCCGCAGCACCUUCCCAAGGUAAGGGAGGUGCGUCUGGCUUCACUGCAGAUCCCAGCCAACUGAAGGGAGAGAUGUACCACACAGCACUGAAAAAGAGCUCCCAGGGAUUUGGAUUCACCAUUAUUGGAGGUGACCGUACCGAUGAGUUUCUGCAGGUGAAAAACGUGCUCAGCGACGGCCCUGCAGCCCAGGACAACAAGAUGGCGUCUGGUGAUGUGAUUGUUGAGAUUAAUGGACUGUCCGUGUUGGGAAAAACCCAUCCAGAGGUGGUGCAGAUGUUCCAAUCCAUUCCCAUCAACCAGUACGUGGAUAUGGUUCUUUGCCGUGGAUACGCUCUUCCUCCAGAUGUGGAUCUAAACAGCGAUGACCCCCUUCCACCUCCUCCACCACCACCGGCCUCUCAGCCUCAGCAAGCUCUGCAUGGUGGAGAGGUGGUGACGGCCGUGCCCCUCAUCAAUGGGCAGCCGCUGCUUGUGAAAGGUGACGUUCUCCACGGCUCAUCUCAGGAGCUCCACUACGUCACUACGGAUGCCAGCGGUCGACCCGUCGUAGCGGCCCUGCCGAACGGGAGACAGGGGGAUCGGGCAGAGUUAGCCACCACGAUGCUGCAACCAGAGCUGGUGAGCGUGCCGUUGAUUAAGGGGCCCGGAGGAUUCGGGUUCGCCAUUGCUGACUGCCCGCUGGGCCAGAAGGUAAAGAUGAUAUUGGAUGCCCAGUGGUGCCGUGGCCUGCAGAAAGGAGAUGUCAUCAAGGAGAUCAACAGGCAAAAUGUCCAAACGCUGAGCCAUGCCCAAGUGGUGGACAUUCUCAAAGACUUACCAGUGGGCAGCGAGGUCAAUGUGCUAGUUCUACGAGGAGUCCCCAUGGGAGGUGAGGUCAGCGUGCUGAUACUGACAGGAGGUCAAACAUCCCCUGUGAAGAGUCUAAAGCCUAGACAAGAAAUGACGGCAAGCACAGAGACUUUAGACGUUACUGCAGACUCGACUCCGCAGGCCCUGCCUUACCAUUCCAACACGAGCACCCUGCGCUCCACCGAUUCCCCCAAACGAGACGCUACAGAGAUGUAUCUGAAGUCCAAAGCCUUGCUGGAGAGCAGACAGCCUUACACCAAAGACAUUGAUGUUUUUCUAAAGAGAGACAUAGAAACAGGCUUUGGCUUCCGUGUUCUGGGAGGUGAAGGUCCACAACAGCCAAAUGUCUUUCCCCAGGUGUACAUUGGGGCCAUUGUGCCCAGCGGAGCUGCAGAGAAAGAUGGUCGUCUGAGAGCAGGAGAUGAGCUCAUUGGCAUUGAUGGUGUGAUGGUGAAAGGUCGUUCGCACAAGCAGGUGCUGGAUCUGAUGACCAACGCUGCCCGUAAUGGUCAAGUUAUGUUGACCGUGCGCAGGAAGGUCAUCUACAGAGAUGCGACAGAUGAAGAGAUUCAGGAAAUGACUCCAGUGCUGGUGAAUGGUUCUCCCAAGCUACCUCGCCUACCAAUGCCCAGCGCUCUGGACCAUGAGUCUUUUGACAUCACACUCCACCGCAAAGAAAUUGAAGGGUUUGGCUUUGUCAUCCUCACCUCCAAGAGUAAACCACCGUAUGGCGUUAUUCCACACAAAAUUGGCCGAAUCAUUGAAGGAAGUCCAACCGACCGCUGUGGUCUGCUGCACGUCGGAGAUCGUAUCUCAGCGGUCAACGGACGCUCCAUUAUCGAGCUCUCUCACAAUGACAUUGUUCAGCUUAUUAAGGAUGCCGGCAAUGUUGUCACCCUCACUGUGGUUCCAGAGGAUGAAUACAAAGGCCCUCCAUCUGGAGCCAGUUCAGCUAAACAGAGUCCAGCUCUUCAGCACAGAGCCAUGGGGCAAAGGUCAGCACUGCAGGAUGAACGUUAUAACCUGGAUGUGGAGGAGAAAAGGGAGGGAGUUAACUGGUCUGACCACAAAACUCUUCCACUUAGUGAGCAGGGAACGCUUUGUGUGACAGGACCUAACCAGGGUUGUCUGACAGUGGAGUUAGAGAGGGGUCCCAGGGGCUUUGGCUUUAGUCUGCGAGGGGGAACAGAGUACAACAUGGGCCUAUACAUCCUGAGACUGGCUGAAGAUGGACCUGCUCAGCUGGAUGGGCGGAUCCAUGUCGGAGAUGAGAUAGUGGAGAUUAACGGGGAGCCGGCACGCGGUAUUUCCCAUACACGGGCUAUUGAACUGAUACAGGCUGGAGGAAACAAAGUGGUGCUCCUGCUGAGACCUGGGGCGGGCCUCGCUCAGGAUGGUAGUCAACAUGAUCAAAAACUCAUUUCACCCACAAGCUAUUCCGGAGAGGUGUUUUACUCCAAUACAUCACCCCUGUCCUCUCCAUAUCCCACUGGGGCUUCCAUCUUUGUUUCCCCUCCCUUCUCCAGCAAGCUGAAACAUUCCCGCAGCUGGGGCGCCACAUCCCCGCAAGGCUACAAGCCCCGCAGCAGCAGGGGUUUAAGCUCAGUGGAGGAGAGCAGUGAAUGGGCUGACAAGGAGGUAGAAAAGUUCUCUCCUGUCUCCCAUGAGCAUAUGACAUUCUACAAGAGGACCAGGCCCACAAAAGACUCCAGAGAGCUAAGCAGCCCAAAGAAAACAGGGGAGACAUUUCCUAAAGCCAAAGAGCAACAUCACACUCCUGAAAAGACUGAGAGUCAGGCACAGAAUGAAACACAGAGCAGAAACAGGACGUCUCAGAUACAGACAAAGUCACUAUCUACAAACCCUAAGAAGUCUACUCAAGCUGGACAGCAAAUGGCUUUGACCCCGCAACGCACAGAGCACCAAGGCCCUCAGAGGGGAUUAAAAGACUCUUCCAGCAGAGAGAGCUUGGAUCGUGAAAAGAAAAAUGGCAAAGGCAUGGCAAAUCUCGAGAUUAGACAAUACACACAAGGAAGAGGGACAGAAGAUAGAGGAGAGAGGACCGGGCUUGGCCGUGAGCAAGAGAGUUUUAAAAGAAGGGUGGCAGGAGAGUCUCACUUCCACAGGACACCUCAUGCAGUAAGAGUAAGUGAGAAGGGUACAAGUAAAGACUCAAGACAGAGAGACGCUAAUGGGAAAUCUACAGAAGACAUGAAUACAGCAAAUAUCAACAAAAGAGAAACACUGCUGUCUAAAGAUUUACGCAGUAGAAAAGUUUCUGUAGUUUCGCCAAGAGAGCGAAAAGUAAGAGAAGACCCAUUGUCUUACUCCAAAGAGGUCAGUAGUAAGGAAGGCAUUGUGGCCUCUGUAAACAGUAUUCAAGUGACCCUGCAGAGCCCAAAGGGAACUCUUGGCCCCGGCCCUUGGAAAGUGCCCAGCUCAGCUAAAAUCCUCUCUGAGGCAGAGGUCCUACGUGACCCCUUAUAAUAGAAUAUUGAAUCACCCAGACUUGAGCUGUGCCAUGGAAUAUUUAACAGUACUCUCAGUGGAUUGUUUUUUUUGUUUUUUUUUUCUGAGUUCUUCCAUAAAACAGAGAAGUGCAACAUGGUGUCACUUAUGUCACUUAUAACCUUUGGACCCAAUGUCCAGAUUUGUCUUUCGACAGGGUCUUUUUUUGGGAGUCCUGUGACAUCACACGUGGCAUGUAGCAGCUCCCCUCUGCCUUGUCCGCUGCUUCAGCAUCUUUGAUCUGAGACUUAAGCAUGUGCGGCAUGCUCGGGGCCUUGUCAGAUAAAACAUUCUGAAAUGUGAAUAUGUGCCAAUCUUGGGAGCCUCCUGUGGAAUGACGACUACCAACAGCGCUUCACCCAUUACAAUGCAAUGACCCAUAUGCAAAGAAAAGGAGAAAGGCCCUCGCCUCUCACCUGUAGUAUACACCACAUGUGACUGUCAUCCAGGGUUUCAUUUUGCUCUCAGUCUCAUUGAGAUAUUUUGACUUGUCUUUUUUCUUAAAAGUUUGCUCAACUGCAUGCAGUCGUUCCUUCUGUUUGUUUUACUGCACGUGUUCUGCACAUCACUGAGGAUGAUUCUUGUUUCUCAACACCAGGCAGAUUUCUAAUACAAUCCAGCAAGCGUUCACUUUGCCGGGGACUCUAGACUGUUCUAUGGUUAUAGACAUGACUCUCCUUCAUACAAACAGUAUCAUUAAAAAGACCAGAAACUUGUGGUUUGAGAACUUGUUUACCAUGUGUAUGAUAGCCAACGUGUGUAAUUUAUUGAGAUAAUAGAUUAAUAUGUGUAUAUGUAGCUGUACCAAGCCAUUCCACAUUUUGAUAUAGACUUCGAAGAUUUGUCCCACGUUAUUUGAGCUUUUCACCAUCCUUCCAAUGUAGUUCAGUGGUAGGAAUUACCAUGGAUCUUGUAGUUCAUUAAAUGUAUAGGUAGCGUGCAAACCGCUGUACCAAAUGUUUGCGAUUGCUGAAAAUGUGUCUCAUCGUGAAAUAUAAUAUAUAUAUAUAUAUAUUUGAAUGUGUCAUGUUUUGCUAACUUUUAAAUAUCUAUUGAAUUCCAUUGCACUGCAUUUGCCCUUGUAGCAUAAAAGAACGACCAUAAAUUGUAUUUAAAUCGUGAUGUUGACUUGCCUUGCUACCAAUGCAUUUCCAUUAUUAUUAUUAUUAUUAUUUUAUAAAGCUAUUUCUUUUUUUCUUAAAGGAUUCACUGUUUAAGGCCAAACUUGCAAUUUAUAUAAUACUGUUCAAGCUCUGAGUCAUGGCACCUGGUGGUUUAACCUAUUGAAAAAUAAGAAGAAUGAGGGUGUUUGAUGUACAUGUCAAUCCUGCUGUGUGAUUAUGUGCCAGGGUGGCUUGAAGGAUAAUGGAGCUUAGAGAGUGAUGUGGUAGUUUAGUGUGAUAUUGAGCCUGCUGCUGAAGUAAGACAGAUAAGCAGAGAUCCUACCUUCUUACAAAUUUUAAAGGUAGCCGAGCUGAUAUAUACGAUUCAAAAAAUCAGUUUCAAUUUCACUUUUACUUUACUGCAUUUUUUUAGCUUCUGCUGUAAAAUCAGAGAAAUGGAAAUAUACUUGCUCAACAUGCUAAUACAACUUAUGAGAGUAAAAUCUGUUCAGAUGAGCUCAGGGAACGCAGUAUAGUAGCAAAAUGUGUGAUAGAGUCAUUAUUAGUGACAGACAAAUGGUGGUUGAGGUCUAUGAUAAGAGCUUGUGAUUGUAUAAGGGAGUUUUUCAGGUUAAAAUUUACUAGAUGGUGCGCCGCUAUGAGCCAAUCAGUGGUAGGUUUUUGUGCAAUAGCUUGGUUGGUUGAAUGAGUAAAUCCAACCUUGAGUGUCAGGUACAGGCAGUUCAGUCUGGUGAAUCAGAUAAUGCCCUUUUUAUUGUCAGUCCUCCACACUGUUGUACUCCUUUUAUUUUUUUUUUAGUUUUGACCAUUUUGUAUCUCAUCUCUGUGUCAUACUGUGGCCUUGCAUCGCUUCAUUAGAAAAACAAUCCUUGUGGUACCUUCUACAUUCUGUAGGAACAUUAGAUGUAAAUGUUUGUACAUUGUACAGCACCUUUAUAAAUACUUGCUGAGUGCUCUUUCUGGGGGUAAAUAAAAAAAAAAUAGAGGUAUAUUAAAUCGCUCCAUUAUUUUUUUAUGUAAAAAAAGAGAAAAUAUUUAAAAAUUGAUUGAAAAAGGAUAGACUAUGACCUUGACAUGGUGUUCCGUUCAUGCACUGAAAAAUAAAGUUUUACU